AUGGAGGAAGGAUCCGAGAAAGCUGGUAAUUCGAACGGUGGAGAUGAGAAGGUUUCCUUCCACAAGCUAUUCUCAUUGGCAGAUCCUUUGGAUAUAGUGCUGAUGUGUGUUGGGACAGUCUCUGCCAUUGGUGAUGGCCUCGCCAUGCCUGUUAUGAUACUCAUCUUUGGACAGCUUAUCAACUCCUUUGGAGCUUCCAACAAGAACGAUGUUGUUACCGAGGUUUCCAAGGGAUCCCUUCGGUUGCUGUACGUGGCCGCAGCUUCUGGUGUAGCGUCGUUCCUACAGGUGUCGUGCUGGACGGUGACAGGCGAAAGGCAGGCGAUGCGCAUUCGGGGUCUCUACCUGAAAACCAUACUGAGACAAGACAUUGCAUUCUUCGACAAGGAAACGUCGACGGGAGAGGUUAUCGGGAGAAUGUCGGGGGACACCAUCCUCAUUCAAGAAGCCAUGGGCGCGAAGGUCGGGAAGUUAAUACAGCUAGUUUCAUAUUUCUUUGGUGGCUUCGCAGUAGCAUUCAUAAAAGGAUGGCAUCUGGCACUUGUAAUGCUGUCAUGCAUUCCUCCCAUCGUCGCAGCGGGCGCAGCCAUGGCAAUCAUCAUAUCCAAAUUGGCAAGCAGGGGACAGAUUGCAUACGCCGAAGCGGGAAUUACUGUAGAACAAACAAUUGGAUCCAUUAGAACGGUCGCAUCCUUCACCGGUGAGAAGCAAGCUAUAAUGAAAUACAACGAGUCUCUGAAAACUGCAUACAAAUCCACCGUCAAACAAGGGCUGGCCACUGGCUUGGGAAUAAGUGCUGUCAUGUUAACCAUAUAUAGCAGCUAUGGAUUAGCUGUUUGGUAUGGCUCCAAAUUGAUAAUUCAGAAAGGGUACAACGGUGGAGAUGUCAUUACUGUCAUGACUGCAGUCAUGACCGGCGGAAUGUCACUAGGUCAAGCUUCACCUUCAAUUAAUGCAAUUGCGGCUGGGCAAGCCGCAGCAUACAAGAUGUUCGAGACAAUCCACCGGAAACCAGAGAUUGAUGCCUACGACACGAGCGGGAUGGUUUUGGAAGACAUCAAGGGUGACAUUGAACUGAGGGAUGUAUACUUCAGCUACCCAUCAAGGCCGGACAUUCAGGUAUUUUCUGGGUUCUCUUUGCAUGUCCCGAGCAGCAUGACAGUGGCUUUAGUUGGAGAGAGCGGCAGCGGGAAGUCAACAGUGAUCAGUCUGGUGGAGAGAUUCUAUGAUCCACAAGCUGGCGAGGUGCUCGUAGACGGCAUCAACCUGAAGAAGCUGCAGCUUGGAUGGAUCAGGGAGAAAAUCGGGCUGGUGAGCCAAGAGCCUAUCUUGUUUAUGACUACUAUAAAAGAGAACAUAGCAUACGGAAAGGCAGACGCAACGCUUGCAGAAAUCAAGACAGCAAUUGAGCUGGCUAAUGCUAAGACAUUCAUAGACAAGAUGCCAGAGGUAAUCUAUUUCUUCAAUCUUCUUCUUUCACUGUCCGGCGGACAGAAACAGAGGAUUGCGAUUGCGAGAGCAAUUUUGAAGAACCCCAAGAUCUUGCUUCUCGACGAAGCGACGAGCGCACUGGAUGCUGAGUCAGAGCGGAUAGUUCAAGAAGCACUGGUGAGGAUCAUGUCAAACCGGACAACUGUAGUUGUGGCCCAUCGCUUGAGUACAGUGAGGAAUGCUGAUACAAUCGCAGUCGUGCAUCAGGGAAGAAUUGUAGAACAAGGCCCUCAUUUGGAGCUAGUUGCCAAUCCGGAUGGAGUCUAUUCUCAGCUCAUCCAUCUGCAAGAGAUAAAUAAUCAAGUCGACCAAACCCCAGCUGUGGAUCCAGACAAGAUUAGUUCAAGCUCUGAUGCCAGAAGAAGGGCAGCUAGUCCUGGAAGCCCGUGGUUUUCUCCAAGGAGAAGCCCAUGGUUUUCUCCAAGGAGAUCAGUAACCAUCAAUUCUCCAGGUGUGGGAAGCAGCAAGCAGCCUAUUUCUGGUUUGCCCAGUGAUGAAGGCAAGGAAAGAGGCAAUGAGAGUGAGAAAACCCCAAAGAAGGUCUCCAUCGGACGUUUGGCAUACCUGAACAAGCCAGAGCUGCCAGUUCUGAUGGUAGGAUCCAUUGCUGCAGUCAUACAGGGGUUAACCUUCCCUCUAUUGGGAAUGCUGCUCUCGAACGCUGUCAAUAUGUUUUAUGAACCCCCACCCAAGCUUCAGAAAGAUUCCAGAUUUCGGGCCCUAUCGUUCGUGGGACUAGGGAUCAUGUGCCUGUUUGUGGUGCCAUUACAGCAGUAUCUAUUUGGAGUAGCUGGCAGUAAGCUCAUCCAACGCAUUCGUUCCUUGUCAUUUGAAAGGGUGGUCCACCAAGAAAUCAGCUGGUUUGAUGACCCCAUGAAUUCGAGUGGGGUGAUUGGGGGGAGGUUGUCAGGAGACGCUUCUACUGUUCGCAGUCUUGUAGGUGAUUCCUUAGCAAUAAUGGUUCAGAACAUAUCAACGAUCAUUGUAGGGAUUGUGGUAGCCAUGCUAUCCAACUGGCGGUUGGCACUUAUAAUCCUAGGUAUUCUACCUUUGCUGGGUCUGCAAGGAUAUCUUCAGAUGAAAUUUUUAACAGCUUCCAGUGUAGAUGCAAAGAUGAUGUAUGAAGAAGCCAGUCAAGUAGCUAACGAUGCAGUGGGCAGCAUUAGGACGGUUGCAUCUUUUUGUGCAGAACAAAAGGUGAUGGAUCUCUACAAGAAGAAAUGUGAGGCCCCAAUGAGAAAUGGAAUGCGUCAAGGAAUUAUAAGUGGUGUUGGUUUUGGCUUCUCUAACAUUGUACUCUUCUGCUCCUAUGCCCUCAAUUUCUACUUGGGAGCUUGUCUUGUUGCAGAUGGGAAGGCGACAUUUUCUGAAAUUUUCAAAGUUUUCUUUGUUAUGUCAACAGCAGCCAUUGGAGCAUCACAAAGCAGUGCAAUAACUCCAGACGCCACCAAAGCCAAGGAAUCAGUGGCUUCUAUUUUUGCAAUUCUUGAUAGGCAAUCCAUGAUCGACUCGAGCAAGGAUGAGGGUAUGACAUUGUCCAAUGUGAAGGGUAACAUUGAAUUCCAACAUGUCAAAUUCAAGUACCCAAUUCGUCCAGAAGUGCAGAUCUUCAGAGACUUGUGUUUCAGCAUAUCUUCUGGAAAGACUGUUGCUCUUGUGGGUGAGAGCGGUAGCGGGAAGUCAACCGUAAUUGCCUUACUGCAGAGGUUCUAUGAUCCUGAUGCUGGCCAGAUAUUGUUGGAUGGUGUGGAAAUAAAAAAGUUAAAACUAAUAUGGCUGAGACAACAGAUGGGGUUGGUGAGCCAAGAGCCCAUAUUGUUCAAUGACACGAUCCGUGCCAACAUAGCUUAUGGGAAGCAAGGGGAGGUCUCUGAAGAUGAGAUUAGAGCAGCUGUAGAGGCAGCUAAUGCUCAUAGCUUCAUAUCAUCACUUCCAAAGGGAUACAAUACACAUGUAGGUGAGAGAGGAGUGCAAUUGUCAGGUGGACAGAAGCAGAGGAUCGCCAUCGCAAGGGCGGUGCUGAAAGACCCAAAAGUCCUGCUGCUUGAUGAGGCAACAAGCGCAUUGGACGCGGAAUCAGAACAUGUGGUCCAGGAAGCAUUGGACAGGGUGAUGGUGAACAGAUCAACGAUUGUCGUUGCUCAUCGACUGACCACAAUCAAGGGAGCUGAUUUAAUUGCUGUGGUGAAGAAUGGAGUGAUUGCAGAGAAAGGAAGACAUGAAACACUGACGAAGAUGAAGGAUGGAGUAUACUCAUCUUUAGUAGCAGUGCAGUCAAGUUCUUCCACAUAACAAAU